CUCUUACUAUUCCCUCCAGCUCGUGUCCACUCCCCUGACUUCUUCAUCAAGAUCAAUAAUACGACCAUCAGUUCCUCCCCUCCUCAUCGCAGGCUAUCCCCUCUUCAGUCUAUCAUGAAUUCUGCUGCCAGAUUCAUCCACCUUACCAACCAUUCCAUAUCUACCAUCCCUCUCUGCCAAUCCCUCCACUGGCUUCCACUCAGUGUCCUCCACCCCUCUCUGCCAAUCCCUCCACUGGCCUCCACUCAGUGUCCUCCACCCCUCUCUGCCAAUCCCUCCACUGGCCUCCACUCGGUCUCCUCCACCCCUCUCUGCCAAUCCCUCCACUGGCCUCCACUCGGUGUCCUCCACCCCUCUCUGCCAAUCCCUCCACUGGCCUCCACUCGGUGUCCUCCACCCCUCUCUGCCAAUCCCUCCACUGGCCUCCACUCGGUGUCCUCCACCCCUCUCUGCCAAUCC